GCCUCCCGCCCGAGCGAGAAGAGACUCAAUAUGGCGGUUCUGCAGUGUUGAGGUUUCCGUCCUUCAGCUGUUAAGCCUUUUUCUGAACUCUCACCAUUCUUUCCUCUUUAUUUUUGCUUGUAUAUCGGCAACUCAAGCAUGUUCAUUUUAUCUUAAUUUGUAAUACAGCAUGUCAUUUAAUCGUAUCAGCACAAGGCAGACCACGUGACCUGUACUCUGAUCCCUCCAGGGGACCCUCACCACCACCAGGCGUACUGCCCACGUUGUUCCCCGCUCCUUCGCCGCCUUCCCCUCUGAUCUUUGGUGGGGUGAAUCAUUAGACUCUUGAUACAGGCUGAGCACGCUGUCUGCCACUGACUCAACAGCAAGGUCCGGAAGGCGAUCCGGUCAGAGCCAGUCGUGUGGGUAUUCGCCAGUGACUUCUGUGUGGAGUUUACAGAGUAGUUGCCCCAUGGCACGUGUUUUGUCUCUCUGCCGCUCUUUGCCUUUAUGUCGUCCUCUCGUUGUCCGGGGCAUGGCGCGUCGCAUGAUGUCGCUCGAAGAACGGGCUCGGGCCGUGUUCGCAGCUGCAGUCGAGGGAGUGCAGCCUGAUGCCGUGGUGCGCAAGAGACUGCAGCGUAGCGGAGACCAGCUCCUGGUGGAUGGUCACUGUUUCCCACUCCAACACAACCUUCAUCUAGUGGGCUUUGGCAAGGCCGUGCUGGGUAUGGCAGCUGAGGCAGAGAGGAUUGUGGGAGACCAUCUUGUUCAGGGCGUGGUCAGUGUGCCAUAUGGUAUUCAGGAGACGCUUCAAAAGCAUGGGAAAGGGCACAUGCUCCUGGAGCAGAACAGUCGUAUUGAGGUACUGGAGGGUGCAAAACACAACCUUCCUGAUGCCGAUGCCCAAAGGGCAGCAGAACGCAUACGUCAGAUUGCCAGCCAGCUAACCGAGACUGAUCUUCUACUGGUUCUCAUCUCGGGUGGAGGGUCAGCACUUCUCCCUUAUCCAGUACCACCCAUCUCGUUGGAGGAGAAGCAGGAAGUGACACGCAAAUUGGCAGCUGCUGGAGCCACAAUACAGGAGUUAAAUACGGUCCGCAGGGCUCUCUCUUUGCUCAAAGGAGGUGGCUUGGCGCAAAAUGCUAGUCCUGCUAAGGUGAUAGCCCUGAUUCUUUCUGAUGUGAUUGGAGAUCCUCUGGACCUUAUUGCUAGUGGGCCCACUGUGCAAUAUGAAGCUUCAACUCAAGGUGUCUGGACAGUCCUUGAGCGCUACAGAUUGUGUGACUCGCUGCCCAUGUCUGUAAGAGAGGUGUUGGGGCGAUCAAAACCACAAUGUGAAGAGAUGGGCAAGAUAGCUGAGCAGGAAAAGAACCGCGUGCACAACGUCGUAAUUGGCUCGAAUAGCAUUGCCCUUGAAGCCGCAGGACAAUGGGCACGACAGCUGGGGCUCCGCCCGGUUGUGCUAUCCCCUGGGGUGUGUGGAGAUGUGUGCAUGGUGGCCCAUCUCUAUGGCCUCCUGGCUCGUUUCGCAAGUGCCCCCAGUGACCCAUCUGUGGACUGGGCCCAACAGAUCCUACAGCUGGGGCCCAAGGUUGGUGUGGAGAGCUGGGACCUGUGCCGCACCAUGCGAGUGCUGGGCGAAGCACAUGAAGAGGGCUGGGGGGUCACCUGCGUCCUUGCAGGUGGUGAGCCCACAGUGCAACUGAUAGGGAAGGGACGGGGUGGGAGAAACCAAGAGCUGGCACUGCGGGUGGGGUUGGAACUAGGAGUAAAGCAACCCCUUCAAGACACUUUGUUCUUGAGCGGUGGGACGGAUGGACAGGAUGGACCCACAGACGCAGCAGGCGCAGUGACAGAUGGUGGUCUUGAAGAGGAAGCCCGACGACAGGGCCUUGACCCCAGCAGCUUUCUCUCCAACAACGACUCCUAUACCUUUUUUUCCAGGCUCUCUGCAGGCCGAUGCCUGCUCCUUCCUGGGCUCACAGGAACUAAUGUGAUGGACGUGCAUCUACUGCUCAUACCCACACAGCCACCCAACAACUGAUGACUGAAGGAGCAGUAAAGCUUUACUUUUUACAACAUGGAUAGAGAAGAGUCUUGUAACCCCAAUGAAACAUAGGAAUUGAGCAGGAGCUUGCCACAGAGUGAGGUGCUGAGUAAGAGUUUUAGAGGGGACUUUUGCAAAAGAUGCUGAAAGCACAUGUCUGGAUUUGUCAUCCUCCCACAGCGCCGCCACAGAAACAAAGGAUUAUGGAAGUUAAGGUGCAUUUCAUCGAAAUAACAUACUUUAUCCAGCUUUGUCUGAAAUUAAAGCCAAAGUCAACUUUGUCACUUCGACAAUAUGUUUAAAACGCACGUCGGAGUGAAAUAGCGUUUCUCCUGGUCCACAGUGUAACAUAGAGGACAAAAUAUGCUAUUGCUACUACAUUUACAUUUAUUUAGCAGAUGCUUUUCACUAAUACAUACUAUGUCAUGCUAUCAGCCCUCAUACCUUAUUCACCAAGGUGCUUUACACUUCUCGAUACCCUGCUAGAUACACUACUUACAAUGG